CCAGCCGAACGCCUCCGAGCCCAGCCGAACUGCGCGCCCCGGCAGUCGCGGCUGCGGCUGCCGCUGCCGCUGCGGCCCGAGCGCCGCCUAGCAAGUGAGCGAGCGGCCGCGGCGGCGGAGGAGGCGCCGCCCCAGGGAGAGGAGGUGCCCGCUCGCUGCAGACCGCCCGCGGCAGAGGCCGCCCCGGUCGCGCCGCGGCGGGAGCGGCCGGCGGAGGCUGCGCGGCUGAGGGGGGAGGGCCGGGGGAGGGGACGUCGCCCCGGCCCGCCUCCCGCGCCCCCCGCCCGCAGGCUUCCGAGCCUCAGUAGGCGCCCAGCAUCUCGCUGCCCUGGACCCUCUGGCGGGAGUGCACCGGGCUCAACUCAGGCUCAGGACUGCAGCUGGACAUCUCUACUGCCCAGGAAUCACUGAGUGUGCAGACAGGACAGCCUCCUUGGAAGGCCGGCUAUACCAGAGUCCCGCCUCGGCAUGGGCCUUGCCAUUGAGGCAGCCCCGCUGUGGACCCCGCUGCCUGUGCUGGUCUGAGGGUGCGGCCUGUCAUGGGGGCAGCCAUCUCCCAAGGCGCCCUCAUCGCCAUCGUCUGCAACGGCCUAGUAGGCUUCUUGCUGCUACUGCUCUGGGUCAUUCUCUGCUGGGCCUGCCACUCCCGCUCUGCCGACAUUGACUCGCUCUCUGAAUCCAGUCCCAACUCCAGCCCUGGCCCCUGUCCUGAGAAGGCACCCCCGCCCCAGAAGCCCAGCCAUGAAGGCAGCUACCUACUGCAGCCUUGAAGGCCCCUGGCCUAGCCUGGAGUCUGGGACUUAAGCCCACUUCAUCCAGAGCCUGGGCUGCAGAACUCAGAAUCCAGCCUGUCUGGAGCCAGACCCAGCAGGCCAGAGUCUAGCCAGCCUGGCUCCAGGAGGGGCUGUGGUGGCCCUGGGUAGUCAGGCCCAGGGUGGGGGUUUAUGAGUUGGUGCUAGGGCCUGGGCCUUCUGGACUCUGUUCCAUCCCAAGGGCCAGGGGCUGGGUCCACCCUCUCCCUAGGCCGAGCGCCUCUAGGCCCUCUCAGUUGGGGAAGCAAACUGGAAUCCUUGGCAAUAAUGGGAGGGUGUCCAGGCUGGGCCCCUCCUCGGGUCCUCCCACUGUUUGCUGGAUAAUAAAUGGAAGUAUGGCUAUA